AUGUAUUCACAAGAAACUGGAAUAAUGUCAGCAAAAGAACACAAUUACGAAGGAAAAACAUCUCACAAAUUAUUUUGGAGGAUAUAUGCUCGACCUUUUGGAAAGGUUUUUCUUUUAGCAUCAAUUACAUAUCUUAGUCUUCAUUUUUUUUGGUGGCAUCUAUAUUCAGAAGAAAAAAAGAGGGAAAAAAAAGAGUAUCUUUUUCAGCUUGAAAAAACGCUUCAUGAACUGGCAUCAAAUUCUAAAUCCAAACCUGUAUAA